AUGUAUAUUUCUGAUGUGGUUAUACAGUUUUCCAAUCCUUUUCACCGCAAGGCUCUCGACCUUGUAUCAGUCUUCUGCAGCAAGGCUCUCAACCUUGUAUCAGUCUACUGCAGCAAGGCUCUCAACCUUGUAUCAGUCUACUGCAGCAAGGCUCUCAACCUUGUAUCAGUCUACUGCAGCAAGGCUCUCAACCUUGUAUCAGUCUACUGCAGCAAGGCUCUCAACCUUGUAUCAGUCUACUGCAGCAAGGCUCUCAACCUUGUAUCAGUCUACUGCAGCAAGGCUCUCAACCUUGUAUCAGUCUACUGCAGCAAGGCUCUCAACAUUGUAUCAGUCUACUGCAGCAAGGCUCUCAACCUUGUAUCAGUCUACUGCAGCAAGGCUCUCAACCUUGUAUCAGUCUACUGCAGCAAGGCUCUCAACCUUGUAUCAGUCUACUGCAGCAAGGCUCUCAACCUUGUAUCAGUCUACUUCAGCAAGGCUCUCAACCUUGUAUCAGUCUACUGCAGCAAGGCUCUCAACCUUGUAUCAGUCUAUUGCAGCAAGGCUCUCAACAUUGUAUCAGUCUACUGCAGCAAGGCUCUCAACCUUGUAUCAGUCUACUGCAGCAAGGCUCUCAACCUUGUAUCAGUCUACUGCAGCAAGGCUCUCAACCUUGUAUCAGUCUACUGCAGCAAGGCUCUCAACCUUGUAUCAGUCUACUGCAGCAAGGCUCUCAACCUUGUAUCAGUCUACUGCAGCAAGGCUCUCAACCUUGUAUCAGUCUACUGCAGCAAGGCUCUCAACCUUGUAUCAGUCUACUGCAGCAAGGCUCUCAACAUUGUAUCAGUCUACUGCAGCAAGGCUCUCAACCUUGUAUCAGUCUACUGCAGCAAGGCUCUCAACCUUGUAUCAGUCUACUGCAGCAAGGCUCUCAACCUUGUAUCAGUCUACUGCAGCAAGGCUCUCAACCUUGUAUCAGUCUACUGCAGCAAGGCUCUCAACAUUGUAUCAGUCUACUGCAGCAAGGCUCUCAACCUUGUAUCAGUCUACUGCAGCAAGGCUCUCAACAUUGUAUCAGUCUACUGCAGCAAGGCUCUCAACCUUGUAUCAGUCUACUGCAGCAAGGCUCUCAACCUUGUAUCAGUCUACUGCAGCAAGGCUCUCAACCUUGUAUCAGUCUACUGCAGCAAGGCUCUCAACCUUGUAUCAGUCUACUGCAGCAAGGCCUUCAACCUUGUAUCAAUCUACUGCAGCAAGGCUCUCAACCUUGUAUCAGUCUACUGCAGCAAGGCUCUCAACCUUGUAUCAGUCUAAUGCAGCAAGGCUCUCAACCUUGUAUCAGUCUAAUGCAGCACCAUAAGGCACUGAGCUUCUUCUAUCAGCUACAGUUCUUGCAGACAAAACUCUUAGUAUAAAGCAAUAAUGCGGGCUGUACAAUUGUUCAUGGGUCAAAGUCGAUAAAGCAAUAAUGCGGGCUGUACAAUUGUUCAUGGGUCAAAGUCGAUAAGACUUUAGUCCAAGUAAAUAUCUGGUGCAAAGUAUGAAAGUAUGUUAAUUUGUUUAUAAUAAUUACAAUUUAAAACAGUUGAGUAGCUUGCUUCUAUGACAUGUAGAUCUGUAAUUUGAUAAUCUCACUGACUGACAAAAACCAUACAUUUUACGAUCAAAGUGAAAAAAGUCUAGCACACUUUUUUGGCAGCUCUCGUUUUUAUCCAACUUUGUCAUUUGUAAAAAAAUAAACAUUAAAAUAUAAAAAUGUAUUUUCAUGGACGGGAUGUAACUCAUAAAAUGGCAAUGCACAGCCUUUUAAAGCAAUUUUCUCCCUUGUUUGUUAUGUUGGCACAACUUAAUGUUUAUUGAUAAUAAGUAAUUCUGUUUGCUUCAAUUGUAUUUCAAUGCAGACUAUCAUGAAUGUGAUAUCUCUUAGAAAAUACCUUUAAUUGGUAUCACCAUAUAAUAAAGACAAUUGUACAGUGUUAUAAUGUACCAUAUGCCCGCAGUUGUCCAGAUUUUUUCCUUUAGUACAUCUUGUACAGUGGAGUUUUCUCAUAAAUCAAGGGGCCUGGCACACAUUUUAUGUGUCAAGGUCUUGUGAACACCUUCUCAUACAUGUGUUUUUACAUCCCUGCAGUAGAAGGGUCAUGAAAGCUAACAAUAAAUUUCACAAUAAAUUAGUAGUAGCAAAAUUGUAGCAGUGGUCUUAUUGAUGCACAUUAUUGAUACAGGGAUGGUAGUGCAUGCUGAGCUAAAAUCCCACUAGCGUUAUCAAUAGUGUACAUGGAUCUAUAUACUGCUACAAUUUUGCUACUGCUACUAAUUUUCUUGCACCUUCUUAUAGCAACUUUUUGCAAUUUAAAAAAAUAUAUUAUAAAUCAAACGAGACAUAAGAAACCAUUUAAUAAAUACUUGGAAAAUUAUUUUAAUCAAAUAUACAUGUAGACCUUUUAUGUCUCUUGGUAUUCUGCACUGCCAUUUGUGAAAGAGCAUCAUGUAUUUUCAAUAUAUUGAGAUAUAUAUUGUAAAAACAAAUUUUAAGUGUUGCAUAUGUAUAGAGACAUUUACUUUCAGAUUUCUGUAGCAUUCAGUGUAUAUUUGUGACUAUUAGGUCUCAGAAAUAAAUUAACUGGGUUGAUUUCAAUAUCUUACAUAAUUCUUGUUACUUACAUAUUACGAUCAGAGCUAAAUGACUGGUUAUUGCAAAAUGUUGAUUCCCAAUAUAAACCAUGCCUUUACAUAUUUUGCAUUUAACAUUAAUCAUACUUUUUGUUGAAUGUCUCAGUUCUUUUGACAGAAUCUCUAUGUAUAUUGUAAAUAACAAAAAAAAAAUUUUCUAAACUUUACUUAGAUAUUACAACAUACAUAUGUAUGCCGUUGUAUGGCAAUGAACUGGUUGCUAUGCUUUAAACUAGGCCAUUGAUCAUUAGAAAUGUUUUUAUUUUUUCCCAUACCAUUUUUUGUUACCGGCUUUAGGUAGGAUGAAGAUGCAGUGUUUUGUGUUCAGAAGUAGUCUAGGGAGAUAGUGGAGGCUAGUCAUAUUAUGCAAUUAGGUUGUUUUUGUUUUGUUGUGUAUUUAGUUCAAGGUUGUAGUUAUAUGUAUUUAUUGUGAUUAUUUUUACAUAAGUAUUUAAUUGUGUAACAUUGUCAUUCUCUUACAGAGUAGUAUUGCAAUACUUGAGAACUUAUUCUAGUUAAAAUGGUAUGAAAUGUCAAUGCAUACAUUUUCAUGUGAUUUAGAUUAAGCAUUGAUCCAUACAAUCUUGUUAUUUUGGACUUUCUCACACAUGUCAUCAUGUUUUUCAGAUGUGUACAUUUCAAACUAUUGGGGUACAUGCGAUAAUGUUAAAUGUUAAAAGAAACUCUAAAAUCCUGUAAAAUAGUGACACAAUUUUUGCAUUGAUAAGAUUUUAGAUUUCUGACCUACAAGCCAUCUUGGAUUUUCUCAAAAUACAUCUUAAUUGAAUACUGAAGGAUUAUUAAAUGCCUUGGCACAAAUAUUAACAUGUAAGCAACAGUUUAGACAUGCAAUGCCAAAAUACUGCCCUUAUUGUCAAACUGCUUUUUAUACGCCCGUAUAAAAUACGGGACGUAUUAUGUGAAACCCCUUGGCGGGCGGGCGGGCGGGCGGAAGGCAUCACUUUGUCCGGACUCUAAUUCAAAUUGUAUUCAUCCGAUCUUCACCAAACUUGGUCAGCAGUUGCAUCUAGUUGAUAUCUAGGCCAAGUUCGAAUAUGGGUCAUGCCGGGUCAAAAACUAGGUCAUAGGGUCAAUAAGUGCAUUUUCAAAGGGGCCACUUUGUCCGGACUCUAUUUCAAAUUGUAUUCAUCCGAUCUUCACCAAACUUGGUCAGCAGUUGCAUCUAGUUGAUAUAUAGGCCAAGUUCGAAUAUGGGUCAUGCCGGGUCAAAAACUAGGUCAUAGGGUCAAUUAGUGCAUUUUCAACGGCGCCACUUUGUCCGGACUCUAAUUCAAAUUGUAUUCAUCCGAUCUUCACCAAACUUGGUCAGUAGUUGCAUCUAGUUGAUAUCUAGGUCAAGUCCGAAUAUGGGUCAUGCUGGGUCAAAAACUAGGUCAAAGGGUCAAUUAGUGCAUUUUACUUUGUCCGGACUCUAAUUCAAAUUGUAUAAAUCUUAUCUUCACCAAACUUGGUCAGUAGUUGCAUCUAGUUGAUAUCUAGGCCAAGUUCGAAUAUGGGUCAUGCCAGGUAAAAAACUAGGUCAUAGGGUCAAUUAGUCCAUUUUCAACAGCGCCACUUUGUCCGGACUCUUAUUCAAAUUGUAUUCAUCCGAUCUUUACCAAACUUGGUCAGUAGUUGCAUCUAGUUGAUAUCUAGGUCAAGUUCGAAUAUGGGUCAUGUCGGGUCAAGAACUAGGUCAUAGGGUCAAUUAGUGCAUUUUCAACGGCGCCACUUUGUCCGGACUCUAAUUCAAAUUGUAUUCAUCCGAAACUUUUAAACAACUUUUUAUCCUGCGUCAAAGUGGUAUGGGGGUAUAUUGCUUAUUUCCAAAACAAAUACAUCAAUCAUCAGUGUAUCAUCUCCAAUGGCACACGAAUCGGGCGUAUAUUGCUCCGUCAUGCGGCGCUCUUGUUUGUCAAUGUGGUAUGUGCUGUCAGUGAUAGGCCAUGUUUAAAAAAUGCUUCCUUCUUCAUUUUUGUUUCAUAUAUUUGCCUACCAAUAGUCUUUACAAUUUGUUAUCCUUGUGUAUCCUAUGUUGUAAAGGCAUUUGUUGUGUCUUCCUUUAUAUGUGGAUGUAUUUUUGUCAUUGAAAAUAAAGUGCAUUGUAACCCUUA